AUGGGGCGUAAGUUGGACCCUACGAAGAAGGAAAAACGUGGGCCGGGCCGAAAAGCCCGCAAACAGAAGGGUGCUGAGACAGAGCUCGCCAGAUUCUUACCUGCAGAUGGUGGUGAAAAUUCCAAGAGGCUGUCUAGUAGGGCUAGAAAAAGGGCAGCCAAAAGGAGGUUGGGUUCUGCUGAAGACCCUAAAUUGCACAAGUCUCCUGGGGAUAAACCAUUGCCUGGAAAGCUAUUAGAAGAAACUGUCCAGGCACCUGGUAAGAAGGGGGCCCCACCUUUAUAUAAUGCAGCACAAGGUAGGAAGCGCCCAGCACCAUCGCCCAGCAGUGAUGAGGAGGAGGAUGAAGAUUCUGAAGAAGAUGGAGUGGUGAACCACGGGGACCUCUGGGGCUCUGAAGACAGUGAUGCUGACAUGGUAGAUGACUAUGGAGCAGAUUCUAACUCUGAGGAGGGGGACGAGGAUGAAGAGUUGCUGCCCAUUGAAAAAGCUGCUCAGAAGCAGAAGGCUCGGGAAGCCGAUGCUGGGGACCAAUGGAGUGAGGAGGAUUCUGAGGAGGAGGAAGAGGAGGAAGAAGAAGACAAGGCGUCUUCAGAGAUAGGUUCCAGAAAGGCUGAUGAUGAGAUGGAUGGAGGCCUACAGAUCAAUGUGGAUGAGGAGGAGCGAUUUGUGCUUCCGUCUGCUGGCGAAAAUGAAAAUAGUUCCCAGGCUCCAAACCUGCAACGAGUGCACAAGCGGAUCCAAGAUAUAGUGGGAGUGCUGCGCGAUUUUGGCACUCAGAGGGAGGAAGGUCGAUCUCGUUCUGAGUAUCUGAGCCGGCUUCAGAAGGAUCUGGCCACUUACUACUCCUAUGGAGACUUCCUGCUUGGCAAGCUCAUGGACCUCUUCCCUCUGUCUGAGCUUUUAGAGUUUUUAGAAGCUAAUGAAGUGCCUCGGCCCAUCACCCUGCGAACCAAUACCUUGAAAACCCGGCGUCGAGACCUUGCUCAGGCUUUAAUCAAUCGUGGAGUUAACCUGGAUCCCUUGGGCAAGUGGUCAAAGACUGGACUGGUGGUAUAUGAUUCUUCAGUGCCCAUUGGUGCAACUCCCGAGUACCUGGCUGGGCACUACAUGCUGCAGGGAGCCUCCAGCAUGUUACCAGUCAUGGCCUUAGCACCUCAGGAACAUGAACGGAUCCUGGACAUGUGCUGUGCUCCUGGAGGAAAGACCAGUUACAUAGCUCAGCUGAUGAAGAACACAGGCGUGAUCCUUGCCAAUGAUGCUAAUGCUGAGAGACUAAAGAGUGUUGUGGGAAACUUGCAUCGAUUGGGAGUCACCAAUGCUGUCAUCAGUCACUAUGAUGGGCGUCAGUUCCCUAAAGUGGUCGGGGGCUUUGACCGGGUACUGCUGGAUGCUCCCUGCAGUGGCACUGGGGUCAUCUCCAAGGACCCAGCUGUGAAGACGAACAAGGAUGAGAAGGACAUCCAUCGCUGUGCUCACCUUCAGAAGGAGUUGCUCCUAAGUGCUAUUGACUCUGUCAAUGCCACUUCCAAGACAGGAGGCUACAUUGUCUACUGCACCUGUUCCAUCAUGGUGGAAGAGAAUGAGUGGGUGGUAGACUAUGCUUUGAAAAAGAGGAAUGUGCGGCUGGUACCUACGGGUCUGGAAUUCGGUCAGGAAGGUUUUACCCGCUUUCGAGAAAGGCGCUUCCACCCUAGUCUGCGUUCCACACGCCGCUUCUACCCUCAUACCCACAAUAUGGAUGGUUUCUUCAUUGCUAAGUUCAAGAAGUUCUCCAAUUCUAUCCCCCAGUCUCAGACAGGAAACUCUGCAACAGCUACCCCUACAAACCUAGAUUUACCUGACCUAAAAGGUCAAGUCACCCUUGAACCUGAGAACAGCAGCCAGCAAACCAAGAACUCCAGAGGAACUGAGAAGUCUAAGCAGAAGCUGCCGAAACAGAAUCAUCCUCAGAAGGCCUCUUUUCAGAAGCAGAAUGGCAUUCCCAAAAGGACAGACUCAGAAAUGUCCACUGUACCAUCUGUCACAAAGGUGCAAGUAUCCUCCAAACCCCAGGAUAGCAGCCAAGCAGCUCAGAAAGCUGAUGUCAUCAGGGAACUGGAGGCAAAUGGGAAGCUAGAGCAACGAUCACCUAAACUGAAGGCUCGCAAGAAAGCUGUUCUCCUGAAGCAGAAUGUCCCUCUCAACAGCACAGACCCAGAGACCCCUGUUGUGCCAUCCCUUUCUAAGACCUGGACCAUCCCCAAAUCUGAGAACCAGGGCCAGCCUCUUGGAAAGGCCACAGGGACUGAGAACUUCAAACAGAAGUCGCCAAAACAACCUUUCAAGAAAGCUGCCUUCGGAAAACAGAAUGGCACCCCCAAGGGCUCUCAGACUCCCACUGCGUCCUCCCUCAGUCCCAGCCGGCCCCCACCAGCAAAGAGGAGGAAAUCUCAGUCCGGAGGCAACCAGUCUUAG